CUGAAGUGAUAAAUGAUGGGAAUCCCGAAAACAGCUGUCUCUUGCCUUAUUUGGGUAUUAUUCUGGGAAAGCACUUGUGGUGCUCCAACUGUUUUUAACAUUAUCUCCAACUACAACAAGGUAGGAGAAGUCCCUAAGAUCUGCAGUGGGACUCUCAUAGCUAAGAACGCUAUACUAACAGCGGCCUCGUGUGUCUAUGACCGGAACCUCAAGAAACCAUAUCGCUAUCUUAAAGUCAACGACCUUGAAAUUGGCAAAACAAAAACCGCUGUACAUGUUUCGAAAUAUUGGAGCAAAACGUACCACCCGAACUACGAUAUGGCAUUAGUUAUGAUCACUGAUCAGCAGUCGACUCCUACAACAAAGCUCAAGUGCAGUUCAUAUUCUAUUGAACAACUUCAAGUUAAGCUGAAGACAACUACAAAGGAAUACGCAGGAUGCUCUAGUCUUGAGACACUCGGAAACAAUCUGAAUAGUGUCAACGAUCGUUGGAUUCCUUUCAAAUGUCCUACACUGACCACUGAAACGCAAGGUACCUCGAUAUACCAAACAAACAAUGGUGUGGAUGAAGUUUUUGGACUUUAUAACGGAGCGUGCACCAUAGGCUGGGGGCCAAAGAGUAAGAAAGGUCACUGCGGUGUAAGAGUUACGAAGACAACAUUUGAUGAAAUAUGCGCCGUGGCCAAAGCCCAACAGAUAACCAUAAAUGGCUGCACAGACGUAUUUUUGACCAAAGGUGCAGGUGAUCCGGAACCAACUGUGCUUUCUUCCUCGUCAGCAUUCACUGCAGUUAUUGAUUCGCAGCCAGGAACCCACGCCCUACUGCUUAAGUUCUGUCCACAAGCAGGUUGCUGCGGGGCUUCGUCUUCAUUGUUUGGCCGACUUGAAGCGAGAGCCACAGGACACCCAGAAUUGAUAGUACGGCAGAUCAACAUGGCUGACUUCCGGGUGAAUGUUGAUGAAACUCCAACGAUCCUAUACCGUCCACUUGGGAGGGAGUAUUAUAUUAUAUACAAAGGGACACUCAAUGAUUUUGAAAACUGGAAGGUUAAGAUUGACACGGAGAUUGCUGCAGGUCGACUCCGGCGUGGGCUGAACGGCAAUCCCGAGAAAAGGGCGAAACCUGUUAUCUUUGCGGGGUACAAUUUCACAGAAGUAUGUUCAGAUGCUGAAAACAGUUACAGAGUGAUACCAAACUUGAGUGGACAUUAUGAUAUAAACAUCGGGAAUUAUAUGCACAGAGACUUGGCUUUUGAAGAGCUACAUAGAUAUUGCAAACGAUGCUCUGAAACUGACAUUGACACGGGACGUUGUUCUGUAUUCGUCGACGAUGGCGCAUUUAUUUCGAAAGAAAAUAUCGCGGAUUUGACAAAUGAACGGGCUGAAAAUAGCUACAAACAUCUAAAGACUUUGAAUAUUUGUCAAGGAUUUUCUAAAUGUACACCAGAUGCAGGAACUGAAGAACCCAAUGAGGGAAAAGGGUCAAUGGACAGUGAUGGCGCAUUUUCACAAUGUAAGCAAUUCUUCAUUGCCGAGAAGCUUCCGACAUUCGCACCUGGUGAAUCCACCAAUCACAAGAAAAUAUGUCAGGGUCAUAACGAAAAGUCGCCAACUAAAUACUAUUUUGCGACAUUAUAUGAUACCAGUCGUAAGAUACCCCAUUGGUCCGCCUACAAAGUGACAAAUAUAUGUUCAUCAUCUAAGCGACCUUUAUAUUGGAGGAAAAACAGAGAGCUGUCAUGCACACAACAAGCGGUUCCCGAUGACUACAUUCUGCACUCAAGCGGCAUGGGCAGGGGGCAUCUCAAUCCAAGUGCAAUUAACAACUGUGACCUAAAAGAGCAGUCUGCGACUUUCACGUUAACCAAUGCAGCACCACAGAUACAUACGUUCGGUGGAGCAUCCAAAUGGGCAAAAUAUGAACGAUACACCAGAGAGUAUUUUUCAAACGUAUGCAAAACAGCUUCAGGGCAAUUGUACCUUAUAACUGGUACUAAAGGUGAUUCGAGUUUUGGUUCACUGAAUGGUGUAAAGGUACCAAGAUAUUUCUGGACAGCAGGGUGUUGUGUGAAGAAAACUCAUAAGUAUCCCUAUGACGAUCCUGAUGAUUUCAUUGGCUCUUUUGCAUAUUAUGGGGAGAAUACCGAAACAAGUACGAUUCUUAGCCUUGAAGUGUCCGCUUUGGAAACAUUCCUAGGAAAUGGCAUAAAACUGUUCCCUGGCUACUCGUUCUGUGAAACCUCGAAGAAUUCUCCUAAAUCCGACUUGGAGAAGUAUCUGAAUAGUUAAAAUUUAUUUAAUAAGGACGAUCCAACUUUUUUCUUUC